AUGAAAGUUGAAGAAUUAAUCAUAGAUGGAUUUAAAUCAUAUGCUACUCGUACUGUUAUAUCUGGUUGGGACUCACAAUUUAAUGCUAUUACCGGUCUAAAUGGUUCUGGUAAAUCAAAUAUUUUAGAUGCAAUAUGUUUUGUUUUAGGUAUAGCAUCAAUGACAACGGUUAGAGCUUCAAAUUUACAAGAUUUAAUUUAUAAAAGAGGUCAAGCAGGUGUUACAAAAGCUAGUGUUACAAUUGUCUUUAAUAAUUCAGAAAUUUCAAAGUCUCCAAUUGGAUUUGAAAGUUGUUCAACUAUAAGUGUUACACGACAAAUUAUAUUGGGUGGUAGUUCAAAAUAUUUAAUAAAUGGUCACAAAGCUCAACAACAAACUGUUUUAAAUUUAUUUCAAAGUGUUCAAUUAAAUAUUAAUAAUCCAAAUUUCUUAAUCAUGCAAGGUAAAAUAACAAAAGUUUUAAAUAUGAAGCCACUGGAAAUUUUAUCAUUAAUUGAAGAAGCUGCUGGUACAAGAACAUUUGAAGAAAGAAAAGAUAAAGCUCAGAAAACUAUGGCAAAAAAAGAAGCUAAAUUAGUUGAAAUCAGAGGUUUAUUAAAUGAAGAAAUUGAACCAAAAUUGGAAAAGCUCAGACUGGAAAAGAGAAUUUUCUUAGAAUUUCAACAGACUCAAAUUGAUCUUGAAAAUUUAUCAAGAGUUGUUGCUGCUUAUGAUUAUAAAACAUUAUCAGACAGAUUUACUCAACAUUCGAAAUUUUUGGAAGAACAUGAAAGUAAAAUGUCAGAAUUACAUUUAACAACUGAUAAAUUAAAUUUUGAGAUUCAAAAUUUGAAUGAAGAUUUAAAUGGUUUGAAACAGAAAAAGGAAGAAACUUUGAAGAAAGAUUCUAAAUUAAAAGAGUUGGAACAAAAAGAAAAUCAAUUAUCGACAGAAUUUACAAGAUUAAAUACAACUAAGGAUAUAACGUUGGAAAAUUUAAAAGAAGAAAGGUUAAAACUUGAACAAUAUCAAGAUCAAUUGAAUCAACUACGAUCAACUCUACAGAAAAAUGAAGAAAUUUACAAGAAUCAUGAGAUUCAUUAUGAAAAAGCUAAUCAAGAAUUGAAUGAAAUUAAAGACUUAUUUACAAAGAAGGAAGAGUUGUUGUCCAGUUUGGUAACGGGUUUAUCUGCAUCUGGUAAAUCAUCAGCUGGUUAUACUGCUCAAUUGAAUGAAGCGAAAAGUAGAUUAAAUAUUUCUGAAAAUUUUAUAAAAACAUCAAACUUAACAAUUCAACAUUUACAACAACAAGUUGAUGGUGAUAAGGUCAAAUUAGCUAAAGCUAAAGAAGAGAAUGAAAUUUUACUUUCCAGUAUACAACAAUAUCAAGCAUUUAUUCAAGAUAAAGAAUCGGAAAUAAAAUUGAAAUUUAAAGGCACUGAAAUAAAUGAAUUAAGAGACCAAGAGCAAAACUUAUUAAAUCAAAUUAGAAGUAUUAAACAAGAAAUAAAUUAUAUGAAAAGAGAGAUUGGCAAUUUGGAGUUUCAAUAUAGUCGACCCUCACAAAAUUUUGAUGAUAAUCAAGUUAAAGGUGUUGUAGCUCAAUUAUUUGAAUUACCUGAGGCCUCCAAUGACAAAGCUAUGGCUUUAGAAGUUUGUGCUGGUGGUAGACUAUAUAAUGUUGUUGUUGAUACGGCUGAAGCUGCUGCUCAACUUCUUCAAUAUGGUCAAUUACGAAAAAGAGUUACUAUAAUUCCGUUAGAUAAGGUAAACUCUAAAUCAAUUGAUCAAAAUACUCAAAGAAAAGUGAGGCAAAUAACACCUGAUAAAGCAGAUGUUGCUAUAAACUUUAUUCAGUACGAUCAUGACUUACAACCUGCGAUGCAAUAUAUUUUUGGUAAUACUUUUGUUUGUAAUGACCCAGACACUGCUAAAGCUGUUACUUUUGAUCCAAGUAUUAGAGCAAGAUCAAUUACAUUGGAAGGGGAUGUUUAUGAUCCUGAAGGUAAUCUUUCUGGUGGUUCUAGAAAGAAUAAUUCUGCAACUUUAAUUAAAUUACAAAGAUAUAAUCAAUUGUGUUUGCAAUUAAAGAUCCUUGAGUCACAAUUACACACUAUACAAGAUAAAAUUAAAAACAUGGAUCAAUUAAUAAACUCGACCAAGUCUUUACAAAAUGAAAUAAAUUUGAAAAAACAUGAACUAUCAUUAUUAGAAAAGAAAUUAGAAAAUAAUCCAUCAUCAUUAAUUCUAAAACAAAAUGAAGCUCAUGAAUCAGAAAUACAACAAUUACAACAAUCAAUAGAAGAACAUAAAGCUAUUUAUCAAUCUUGUCAAGUGGAAAUACAAAAAAUUGAAAAUGAUAUAAAAGAAUUAAACUCAGAUAAAGGAUCUAAAAUAAAUGAGUUGAAAAAGGAAGUUGCACAAUUAAAACAACAAGUAGAUCAAAAGGAAAAAGAUUUGGAAAAUCAAACUGAUACAUUUCAAGCAAUACAGGUUGAAAGUGAACAACAAAAAUCAGAAAUUGCCAAUGUAAAUGAUUUGAUUAAAACUACAGAAGCAAAUGUUAAUCAAUUGAUGAUAUCAUCAGAGCAGCAAAUUAAAUCAAAUGAAACUAUUGGUAAUGAGUUACAACUUGUCAAGGCAGAACUUGAUGAUGUAAAGGCACAUUUGCUUGGCAUUGAUGAAGAAAUCACUGAGUUAACUAAUUUAAUCAAACAAAAGUCAACAAGUUUAAAUGAAUUAAAUCUUGAAGUUCAAAAAUUAAAUCAUGAAUUAGAGAAAUCAACAAGCAUAAUGACUACCUUACAAGAUAAACUUAAUGAAAUUAUUAAUCAACAUGAAUGGAUUUUAGAUGACAAUGUUUUACAAAAUUUAUUACAACAACAUUCAAAUAUUAAUCUUGAUGAAAGUAAAGAGCGUUUUAAAAUGCUUGAAGAUAAAUUUCAAAGUAUGAGAAGAAAAGUUAAUGUAAAUAUUAUGAGUAUGAUUGAUAACGUUGAAAAGAAGGAAUCUGCUUUAAAGAAUAUGGUUAAAACAAUUGAAAAGGAUAAGAAAAAGAUUGUUAAUACCGUUGAUAAAUUAAAUGGUUAUAAAAGAGAUACAUUAAAUACAACUUACCAAAAAGUUUCAGUUGAUUUUGGUGAAAUAUUUGCUGAUUUAUUACCUGGAUCAUUGGCUAAAUUAGUACCUGUUAAUAUGAUGGAUGUAACCAAAGGUCUUGAAGUUAAAAUUAAAUUAGGUGAAGUUUGGAAAGAAAGUUUAGUAGAAUUAUCAGGUGGUCAAAGAUCAUUAAUUGCUUUAUCAUUAAUUAUGGCUUUAUUGCAAUUUAAACCAGCUCCAAUGUAUAUUCUUGAUGAAGUUGAUGCGGCUUUAGAUUUGUCACAUACACAAAAUAUUGGCCAUUUAAUCAAAACAAGAUUUAAAGGAUCGCAAUUUAUAGUUGUAUCUCUUAAAGAAGGUAUGUUUACAAAUGCUAAUAGAGUUUUUAGAACAAGAUUUCAAGAUGGUACCUCAGUUGUUUCAGUUAUGUGA